AUGUCAUCAACUACUGAAGGUAAGAUCCUCGACCCAGCCUUAAUCAAAGACCUUUCCAAUCACAUCUAUGAAAAACGUAAAGCCACUGCUUUUCAAAUUGAAAGUAUUACCAAAAACGCCCUUGCCCGUAAUGACAGUCAAACAAUCUAUCGAAUAAUCAACGAAUUGGCAGACAUAACAACCAUUGGGACCAAUUCCGCUAAACUAGGUGCUAUUACCGCAUUGGGAAGUGUUUCUGUUGCAUUGGGUUCUUUCGCAAUUGCAUAUUUCUUGGAAGAUAUAAUCAAACCUAUAUUUGCCACGUUUAGAGAUACUGAUGCUAGAGUGAGAUAUUAUGCUUGUGAAUCAUUAUAUAAUAUAGCUAAGAUUGCAAGAGGAGAGAUAUUGCUUUAUUUUAAUGAAGUGUUUGAUAUUUUGUGUAUUUUGGUUACAGAUAGUGAAUCAUCAGUCAAGAAUGCGGCUGAUAUUUUGGAUAGAUUGGUUAAAGAUAUUGUGAGUGCUAAAUCAACGAAUUAUGUUUCUAUAUUACAACAGCAACAUCAGCAAGCACAACAGCAACAACAACAGGGAGAUGAAUCAAGUGUGAUAAGAACAAAUUUGGUGAAUAAUGAUGGACUGGCUAUACAAGUGAACAAUCCGCAGGAUCCUCAAAAGGCAUUUUCAUUACCGAAGUUUAUACCUACUUUGUUAGAAAGAAUAUAUGUUAUUGAUCCAUUUGCUAAGAAGUUUUUGUUAAGUUGGAUUGAAUUGUUUGAUGAUAUUCCUUCUUUGGAAUUGAUCUCAUUCUUACCUAAUUUCUUGGAACCUUUGAUUAAUUUUUUAUUUAAUAAUGCUCCUUCGGAUGUUAGGUUAGAAACAGAAAAUUUAUUAAAUGCAUUACUUAAAGAAAUUAAGUCGAUUUCCAAAAUUAAAUUCGAAGUCAAGAAACGACAAAUUGCUCAAGAAAGGGCUAAAAAGAAAGUGGAAGAAGAGAAGAAACAAGAGCAACAACAGAAGAAAGAAAUUGAAAAUGGUGAAGAUACAGACAGAAUAACUAAGGAAGUCAAAGAAAUUACAUUACAUCCCUCAGAAUCAGUCCAAGAUGAUAUUGAUGCGGAUGCAGAUGAUGAAUUGGAUGAAAAUGCGUCUAUUAGAUCCGAAGAUACAACAAUUAUCAGAAAACCAAAGGAAACCAAGAUUGAAUCUCAACCAGAACAUCAACAAUCUUCAACUGAAGAAGAUGGAGACGAAUUCUUAUUUGGACAAGAUAUCUUCAUCGACUAUGCCAAAAUCAUAAAUAUUCUUCUUUCGUUCUUACGCAGCUCAGAAAAUGAAACUAACAAAACCAACUCGAAUACCAUCACUGCAACUACUAAAGAUGAUAUGUCAAAUGAACCACAUGAAAUUUGUUGUCAAGUUCAAUCGAUUGCUUUGAAAUGGUUACGUGAAAUAUUGGUGAUUUCCCCAGUUGAUAUUUUAAAACUGUUUCCCGAGUGCGUAUCCAUCGUAAUGAAGAAUAUUUCAACUACUGACACGGAUCGUGAUUUCGAAUUACGAGAUUCGUUCCUUGGAUUCAAUUUGGCUCUUCAGGAUUUCUUAACUAAAUUCACUGAUUUUAAGAAAGAAAAUGAACAACAACAUGAAACUGAUGAGAAUGAAAAUGAUAUGAAAUUGAUCCUUGGGUUGACUAAAGAAGUUACUGACAGUAUUAAUGAAGUAGAAUUACCGGCAACCAUAAAUGCCAUAAUUAGACAAUAUUUAGAUUCAACUAAUGAAUUAUCAAGAGUUACUGCACUAGAGUGGUUGAUUUUUAUUUAUUCUAGGAAUCAACUGGAAUUUUUAAGAAUAUUUUCAUUGGUUGGAGAUAAUAAAUUUGAUUUAACGGAUUUAUUAAAAUAUUCAAAUGAUUCAAGUAAUGAUGUGAUUUUAAAAGUCUUACAGUUGUUGGCAAAAAUUUCUGAAUCAAAUCAAGUAUUCUUCAAAGAUUUUAUUAUAAAAUUAAUCAAGUUAUUUGAACAAGAAGCCCAUGAGAAAUCUCAUAGGAUCAAAGUUGAAUUUAUAAUUCGGAAAUUAUGUGUUUAUUUAAAUGCAGAAGGAAUAUUCACGACUUUAUCUGAAGUCUUAACGGCAACAAUUGACGAUUUGGAGUUUAUAAAUAUGAUGGUUGUUACAUUGAAUAAUAUCUUAUUGACAUCACAAGAAUUGGCUUCUUUUAGAAAGAAAUUAAAGAACUUAGAUGUUUAUAAAUUAGAAGAUUGGCAAUUAUUUUCCCUGUUAUUUCAAAGUUGGUGUCAUAAUGCUCCAAGUGCAUUAUCUUUAUGUUUAUUAACUUCAAAUUAUGAAUUGGCAUAUUUAAUAAUCAAGAAUUUAUCAGAACUGGAAGUCACUUUCCAAUUAUUGACUCAAUUGGAUAUAUUAAUUCAAUUACUUGAAUCUCCGAUAUUUUUGAAAUUACGUUUACAAUUACUUGAACCAGAGAAACAUCCAUAUUUAUACAAGACACUUUAUGGAUUAUUAAUGGUAUUACCUCAAUCAACAACAUAUACCACACUUCGAAAUAGACUUGCGACCGUAUCUAACCUAACCCAUACAACUUCAACUACAUUAGCACCAAAUUCAAUUCCUAGUGGAAUUCUAACUACCCCGGUAAAUACACCUGGGGCAGUUUCAACCAGUACAUCAGUAAGUAGUCAAUUAUCGAUCAAGAGGAAAAGAGUGUAUGAAAUGUUGGAUAAGUUUACUAAAAUACAAGAUAAGCAUGAAGAAUGUAAUUGGACUACCCGUGGUUCCAGAUAUAAUGAAUCAAAUUAUGAAAGUAGUAUAAUUCAUCUGAUUAGAUAG